GUCAUUACAUCCGUCACGCUACCUAUUCAAAGGAUAAAAAACCAAACAACAACAAACAAAACCAAGUUUUAAAUUUAAGAACGCCGUCAAGGAAUUGAUCAUGGUCAUGCAUUUUAAAGAUGUUUGUCAGAUUAUCAUCGUGUUUGCUAUUGUUUUUAAAGUUGUAGAAUCUACAUGUAGUGAAUGUGAGACGAUAGUAACUGAAGUCGGCAAAAUGUUACAGUUGGACUGCGGUGAAGAGGAAAAUGAGCUCUAUAUCUGGAAGAAAGAUGGGGAGAUUGUGCUUCUUGAGAACAACGAAUUAGCAAUUAGGGAUGCCUCGGACGCAGGACUGUAUGAAUGCUGCAUGUAUAAUGCAGGGAACUUUACGUCGUUAAAGAAUUAUACGAUUAAGGUCAAACAUAUGGUAUCAGAUGUCAUCUCUACUGGUGCAGAGUGCGGUGGUGACGGGAAUACCACAUGUGUAUCUAUCAAGGAGAAUGAUGACGCAAUAUUAUGGUGCAAUGCCACUAAUGGAUACCCACCUGCUACGGUGGACUGGUAUAUACCCGUGGAGGAGAACAGAGAUAUUGAUAUCGGCAUAUCUGGGGCGCUGGUUAUUAAAAACAUUGCCUACCACUGUGAUUCGGUAUUUGUUUGUAAAGUGGGCAACUCUCUGAAUGGAAACAACAAAGUACAGAAAACUAUCAAAGUACUUGUAGGACGCGAGCCAGAGGUUCUUAUCAAAAUCAGUAAAAAUGACGGAAUACCGAUAAUAAAAAACGCCAUUUCAGUUUGCAGCAACGAAAAGAUUCGGAUAAUUUGCUCAGUUAAUACGUUUCCACCACCUGACGAAAUAAAAUGGAUUAUACACAAUAAGAACAGCACAUUCUGGAUUUCCACUAAUAGUGGUGGACAUUUCAAUUCAUCGGAAGAGAAUUCCUGUAGAGCAAGCAUUGAUAAUAUAAGAUUUGAAUCCCAAAAAGAUUCUGAAAAGCAAUCCUUUCGAAAUGCCACCAUUUGGUGGCAAAAUAUUACCUUGCGUUGUGUGGUAGGGAACUUUACUUGUGAAGCCUCUAACAAGUACGGGAAGGGGACUGAGACUUACAAAGUAAUUGAAGGCAACUGUUCAGGCCAAUAGAAGGAGAGAAAAAGGGCGAUGGUGUUUCUUGUUGUGAUGGAGCCUAACACCCCCUUCUGAUCAUAUUGUUCAACAAAAAUUAAGACAAAUAAAGCAGUAAUAUGCGUAAAACAUGUACCGUUUUAAGAUGUAAAAUUACGAUGAAUGAAUACUUGGUGAAAUACUGAAUAAUGGAUGUGAUAUGCAUACGUAAGGUAAAUUUAUGGAAAAUAAUUUAUGGAUUCGAACCCGCGCCGACCAGAGGUGAGAGGCCGUACGAUUUUGAGCUCGAUGGUCUAACCACUCGGCCACGGAGGCUCUUUUACAUACAGUAUAGGAAGAUAAAUUCAAGAUAUAGGGUUCACAGCGAGUGUGACCAGUCGACAGGGAAUGUCUACUCCUGUGCAUUUGAUUCUACCUCUAUGUCUAGGGCUCCGUGUUUGUCCAACUUCUGAUAAAGUAUUCUUUAUAAGAGUUAUGGGAUUGAUCACUGUUUGUUAUAUUUCUAUCCAGAGUAAGGAAAAAGAAAUGUUCUCGUGUUGCAAAGUCAAGGAUCUUAGUUCUGAUCAAUUUUCCUAAAAAUCCAUUAUGAAGUUUAUCUCACAUAUAUAUGCCCAUACCUUUACUGUCAUUUAUUCAUUUUUAAUAAAUGUCGUGAUACAAACACC